ACAAAGCAAGACUUAUUGUUCCUUUGAGAGAUGGGUGAAGUAGUGAAGAGCAGUGAGAGUUGGGCGAAGUCUAUUCCGGCAGAGAACGUUCAAGCUCUUGCAAAUGAAACUAGUAUGAAUCCAGAGAUGGAGAUACCUCUCAGAUAUAUAAGGCCUGACUUGGAUCAUCAUCAGGACAAUAUUAAUAAAAUCAUCGUUGAUGAAGUGGUGCCAAUCAUUGAUAUGAAGAGAUUACUUGAUCCUAACUUAUCUUCUCAAGAAUCUUCCAAGCUCCACUAUGCUUGCAUGGAAUGGGGUUUCUUUCAGGUUGUGAACCAUGGAGUAGAUGAUGAAGUGAUUGAGAAAAUGAAGGUUGAUUUGGAGGAGUUUUUCAAGCUACCUUUGAAGGAGAAAGAGGUGUUUGCACCAUUGCCUGGUGGUCUUCAAGGUUAUGGCCAAAAGCUUGUGCUUAAUGAAGAGAAACUAGAGUGGCAAGACAUGAUGUUCCUCAUCACUCAACCAGUUCUUGCUAGAAACUUCAGAUUUUGGCCUACUUCUCCUCCUACUUUCAGGUCAACACUAGACAAGUACUCAAAAGAACUAAAAUCAGUUUCAAUGAGUUUGUUUGCUGCAAUUGCUAAGAACUUAGGACUCAAUCCACAAGUACUUCAUGAUGUUUUUAAAGAACAACAAAGGAUGAGGAUGAACUAUUACCCACCAUGUCCCAAAGCAAACCAAGUGUUAGGCAUCAACCCACACACUGAUGCUGGUGCCCUAACUAUUCUCCUUCAAGUCAGUGAUGUUCAAGGCUUGCAAAUAAAAAAAAAUGGCCAAUGGCUUCCUGUUCAACCACUCCCACAUGCUCUAGUUGUCAACAUUGGUGACGCCCUUGAGAUCAUGACUAAUGGGAAGUAUGCAAGUGUAGAACAUAGAGUGAUGGUGAACAACAAGAAAGAAAGGCUAUCAAUUGCUGCAUAUCAUAGUCCUAGUUUUGAUAAAAUAAUUGGACCUUUGCCUGAGAUUGUACAAGGUGGUAAAGAGUACUACAAGACAAUGAAGUAUGAGGAGUAUAUGGAGUUCCAUUUCUUAGCCAAAGUGGAAGGCAAGAACCAUAUGGACUUCAUGAAGUUGAAUAAUUAAGUUGUUUUAUUUAAUUACUUAUGUUUGUAAUAAAUAGUAUCAUCUCUGUGAUUAUAUAUAUAUAUAUAUAUAUGUAUGUUUGUUUGUUUCAUUGUAAGUCCAUUUAA